AUGGAUUUGAGCAACGAUGCUAGAGGAUGGGUGAUGAGUGGUGUCUCAGGCAUCGCCUGCAUUCUAGGUUCAGCUAUUGUCUGCUUCGACCUCUUGAUUCAGAGCUGCACGCGGCGCAAGAGCUUCCAGAUUGUCAAUAAUAGUGACUUUCUAUCAGCAUCUCUGUGCUUGAGCUCCGGAGUAUUGCUCUUCACCUCCCUCUACAGCAUGCUUCCUAACUCUCAAACAAACCUGACUCGCGCCGGAUUCUCUCCUCGCGCUGCCGCGUAUACGCUUAUCGGCCUCUUCCUUGCGGGAGUCCUGGUUAUCAGCGUUGUUUCUAGUUAUAUCCACAAUCAUAUUCCUUCGCAUGUUGUCGACUGUACCCAUACCCACAAGCAGGAGUCAGACCCCGAGCGCGGAGAGGUCUUGGCCCAAAACAGCGGCAACACAGAGCGCACACCUCUCCUGGGCCAUUCUGGUUCUCGCACGGCCAAGUCGACUCCGGCGGCUAUUCAAACAAGGUUAGAUCGACGAGCUGAAGAUGACGAUGAACAACAUCACGAGGAACCCGUGCGCCUACGCCUAUCCCGGAAAUUGAGUCUACUUGUGGGCAAUCCCAAAGCAACCUGUGACGACAACGGUCUUUGCUAUGGGGUUUCCCAGACUUGUGGCCACGAGUGUGCUAAGAUCGCGCCGAACGUGACUGCCACUGUGGAUAAUAUGACUCCUUUUCCACCGUCAGACAACCACGAUGACAGCCAUAGCGAUGGCGGCGAUUCCGACCAUACUCACCCGCCCAAUGCUGUCUCCGAAGGGCUAUGGUACGAUGAUCCGUCCCUUGUCAGACAACGCAAGCACGAAGUGGAACACCAGCGCAAACUGCCACAUGAGCAGGAAAAUCAGCAUGGAGGAUCCUCCUCUGAAUCCUCCGAUGUAGCUUCCAUGCGUCCGGAAUUAUCGCGCCGCAUUUCCGAUCCUGUCCAAGACGAGUCUCACAAGCACGCCGUUUAUAAACACCAUCACCAUGUCCCGCAGAAUGCCUUUCUCUCCAUUGGCCUCCAGACAUCUCUGGCUAUCGCUCUCCACAAGCUCCCAGAAGGAUUCAUCACCUAUGCAACGAACCACGCGAACCCCAAGCUAGGUAUGACCGUUUUUCUGGCUCUCUUUAUCCACAACAUCACAGAGGGCUUUGCCCUAGCUCUUCCCCUUUAUCUUGCUCUCCAUUCCCGCGGGAAGGCCAUAUUGUGGUCUAGCUUGUUAGGUGGUGUCAGCCAGCCUGCCGGCGCAGGUAUCGCUGCCCUCUGGAUUUGGGCAUCGCGCAAAGCAGGCCGGGGCGAUUCUGCCACCGGUCCGUCGUGGGGCGUGUACGGAGGCAUGUUCGCAGCUACUGCAGGGAUUAUGGCAUUUGUUGCGCUACAGUUAUUCAGCGAGGGCUCGGGGCUGUCUCACCAUCGCAACCUCUGCAUCGGAUGUGCCGUCGCAGGCAUGGGCUUGAUGGGGUUUAGUUUUGCACUGACGGCGUAG